CCAAAAUGGCGCGAAUGAUACUUUCUAUAGUACGUGAUGUAACAGCAGCACAUAAGCAGAGCUAACCUCACCGUUAGUUUCAGUCAGUUUGGAAAUUUUGGAAGAUCGGUGUUUAUAAGAACCUGGAACUCACGUAAUUGUUGGGAGAAUCAUGGCGCGAAUACCAGAUGUCCCGGACACUAGGGCCAUGGAGGGAGAGAGACCCAUGUCCAUUGAACGUCGUAUGGGACGUGAAAGAGAACGAAUGCUAGGAAUGACAGACGAGGAGCGAGCAUGGAGGAAGAAGUGGUUGGACGCUCAGAAACUCGCGCCCGAGGAGCCGGUGAUACCAAAGGGUUAUUACGAAGAGCUACAUAACCCAAUCAGGAGAUUCUACAUGGCACCUGGAAACAAAUUCCAGAGCAUGUUGGAGCCAUAUAUGGGCCAUGUAGGAUCAUAUAUAACACGGCACUUUAUAACCAGAUCUGCAAUGGGUAUCUUUGCUAUCUAUUGCAUUUACUAUCAUCUGAAGUACAACAGAAUGAAUUGGAUGAGGAACGGUGGAUGGAAGAUCAGUGUAACUAGACCAAAAAUGUAUCCCGAUACCAAGGAUCUGAGCGCCUUAUACAAAACAAAGGGCAAUCAAUUCUACGUAAACGGUUUCGACAAGUCUCCAAUAUAAAUUUAAAAAAUGCAUUAUUUUCCUUGUAUAGUUAUUAUUUAAUUGGCAUCGUUAAACGUCACCUAAGACAAGAAACACGAUGCUAAUAAAGGUUACUAGUAAUAAAUUGUUAUCUCAAUAUUAA